CCCACCUCAUCCUCCUUGACUUGAUCAUUCUAAUUAUACUUGGAGAAGAGUACAAGUAAUGAAGCUCCUCAGGCAUGUAUACUUCUCAAAAUUUUCGAAUUUAAGCCAUGUAAUAUGGGGUAGAUUUUGAAUAAGGGGUGAUAACUCGCUUAACCCUUAGGUAUUUGUGUGUCAUUAUUGUUUGACAUGCAGCGUAGCCAAAUAAUAAAGUCUUAUGAGCCAUACCAAAUGAUGCUGUAUAGUUGGCUUGCAUCAUUGGUCUUUUGCUCCAAUAAUCAUGCACUGAUAACUGACACAACAGGCAUGUGAAUGGCAACUGCACAGAGCAUUUUGAGGUCCUGUAACGUGACAGGUUUUCCACUGCAAAUAUAGGCUUCUUUCCAAAGGACCCUCAUGUCCUCCUAGUUUGUCUGUUGCACUCUGUACAGGUUGGUUUUAUCCACCAUGAUUUUGAAAAUUUCAUUAGCAAAACUGAUUCUGAAAAUUUGUAUUGGUGAGCUGUCCUCUGUAAUGGAAGAAAUAUACUUGUCCCUGACAAGCCAGAAAAUGCAAGUCUCUGUACUGUUGCAAUUUUGUCACUUCAUCCUAAUUCAGAAUCAGAGCCCGGUUGUUUAGGUUUUGCUGCCAGUGUUCUUUUAUGACUCGUGCCUGUCUCCAGCUUAGCAGAAAUUUCCUCUUCACUGCUAAUGCUACUGCUGCCACUAAAACAGAAGUGUUCUGAAAAAUUUCAUUACAUUCCUCUGAAUUUGAACCACUUCUAAUUUCUGAUAUUGCCUGCCCUGAGGGACGUCUUGGCCACGAAGAAUAACCUGCACUUGUAACAUGCUGAGUAUUCCAUCUUGCUCAGACCCCACUAAGAACUGCAAUGAGCUUAUGUUAGAUCUCUGAACUCUUAAAUUCUAAUCUCAUAACCAUAAAGAGGCUAGUGUUUGUGUCUUCACCUUGGACUCAGUAUUUGAGGCAAUGAAGAUGGCUCCUUGCUUAUGAAAGAAAACUGAACACAUGCAGAUAGUGCUGAAGUUAGUUCAGUGUUUGGUUCAAGAUGGCAGAGCCUGAUUUUAUUAAGAAGUCAUGAAACCUGCUGGCACACACCAAACUAGGAGCUUGGAGCUAUUGUCAAGUGAAAAGCUCAUGUCAAUAAUGUAGGUAAUCCUUUUUCUAUGACUUCUUUUAAUAAUUGUGUUAGUAAUAGUACUGUCACAGUUGUUUUGGUGAGAUGAUCCAGAUGGUAGCAGUACUCAUAUUACCACCAGAGAGACCAAUGUUAUGUACAUUAACAAGAGUAGGAAUUAUACAACUAUAUAUUAAAUACAUUAAUUACAAGCUUUAUUAAGCAAACCAGGGAAGUUAGAAAUUUGUAUAUUGCUGAAGCAUAUAUUUAUGAUGCUGAGCACACAUGUAACUUCAAACAUUCUGUAUGACCAAAAGCAUUUUUGUUAAUGCACUCAGCACAAAGAAUGUGACUUGACUUAUGGGCAUAGUGAAAGGCCAGAGAGUUGUCCUGUAAGUAAAGUAGUCCCCAGGGGAUUAAAAAAGUCACAUCCAGACUGCUUUAGAAUUUAAUUUGGAAGAUAUCUCAAGAAUUAAUGUGGAAUGUGGUAUUGGUGUUGUUUACAGUAUACUAUGUUAUGUGGGCAUGCCCCAUUCCAAGUCCAGCCCGGAGAUGAUGGUGCGGCUGUGAUGGCCAGGAUUAAAGGGGAAGAAUUCGGUUCCGACAUUGAUGCCUUGGAUCACAUUUCUUUGGAAGCAAAAUAUGUGACCAAAGGUCUUCUAACAGCAGAUCCUAAGGACAGACUGAAAUUGAGUGACCUGACUUACAAUGGAUGGGUGCAAGGAUUCAGUGUGAUAGCUGAGCCCACAACACUGCUUCUGAUUCCAGACAGUGCUUUCCACGUGGCUUAUCAGGAGGUUGUUGUGGAUGAUGAGUGGGCACAGAGAACAUGGACAGAGGAACUGUCAACCGACACAUGCAGCUAUUCUACACCCAGCACUCAUUCUGCUACCAGUUCUUCCGGUGUGCCUUUGGCUGAAGUGGUUUCUGGGUCAUCAGCAUCAGCCAUCAGCCAUGUGACAGAGGACAAGUCACAUAACAGUGGCUUAACGUUAUUCGUUACUUCUGGAGGACCAUUAAUACAGCCCAGAAAAAGAAAAAGGAGUGAAGCUGCCAGUUCAUUUUUUUUAACUUAUGAGAAUUAUUAUGAUGAUAAUUAUAUUAAUGUUAAGUGCAAGAAGAGGAGAUAUACUGCAUUAUGAUUAAAUAAAUAAAUAUUAAUUAAUUAUAAUAAUU